UUCCUAUUUGGUUUGUUCAUGUCAAUGUGAAAAUCAAAUUUUUCUCAGCAUUGCGAUUUUUUUCUCUAUCUCUCUCUCUCUUUCUCUCACACAAGUGCAUCAUUUCGCUUUCUCUUACUAUUUCUCUCUCUUUCUUAUUAUUUUGCCAUUCUGCAACGCGCUUGCCAUAACCAUCCUAAAGAUCCUUUGUAUAUUUUGUCUUCUUUAUUUUCUUUUUUCUCUUUCUUUCUCUCUCUCUCACACACACAAAAACGCACACACACUUUCUCUCUUUCCCUAUUUCUCUCUUCUCUAUAUCCCCUAUCCCACUCUCAUCACCCAAUUUCUCUCUCUCUCUUUCUUUUGCUUGCUACAUUGCUCUCUGUCAAUCCGCAUUUUCACAUUGUUCUCCGUUUUAUAAUCUCUCACCGGUCAUGGUUUUGCAGCUCUUUUAUCUCUUGCCGCGUGUUCGUGCCUUGUCUCGCUGUGUGCUUUAGUGCACACAGGGCAUACUAAGUUUGUCACUCUUGCCCUCAGGCCGUCGGUUGGCAAGCAUGCGAUCUGGGACUUUUCUCAGGCGAAAAGAUUCGUGCUGUCGCGCUUCGAAAAGUAGUGCAGUUUUACUCGUAUGCGACACUUUCCGACUCCUUUCUGGUGCUGCAGUAGUGUGAUUUUUGCAGCGAGAUCCAGUGCUCGCACGACGGGACGGAAUAUCUGUCUAGUGGUGCCCGGUACGCGUUCAUUCGACCCGAAAAGUAGGUGCCGUUUCGUGCGUUUGUGUUAAUUUUGUGAAUCUCUCGGUCGGUCUCUGGCCAGCGAUACGGCUAAAACUGUCGCACACUGGCUGGUACAGAGCCGUACUAAUCAGCUUCUGCUCGUCGGUCUCGUCCUGCCUCGUUCCCCAUCUUCAUCACCUUUGUCGUCGCCGUUACCACCGUUGCCGUCGUUGCCGUCGCCGUUGCCUUCACCACCAGCCACCAGCCACCAUCAUCGACAUCAGUGUCAGUUCAAAUUUUCUUUAUACCUUGAUCACCUAGACACGACGAUAAGUGAAGUUUGGUGGAAAAAGGAAAUUUUGUAGGAAAAAAACGGACAUUUCCGGUAUGUCGAUCGUGUUAUGUAAUGUUGCUUCAAAAACUAAUAACGACAAUAACGUUAACAAUGACAAUAUUAGUGAGGAUUCAAAUCCGGUUACAAUCUACAGGUGCCGAGCUCCUAUAGCUUCACUGGAUUGCAUGGAGGAAUUUAGUGGCACGACUGCUCAGCUUGAUUUUGGUCGUUCCACAAGUUUGGGGUCGAAUCCGGCCAUCCAGAUACGCAGCAAUGCGACCACAACGCCUGGCUUGCGCUACAAAAAUCUCGGCAAGAGUGGCCUGCGUGUGUCGAACGUUGGUCUCGGCACAUGGCCCAUUUUCUCGCCGGGCGUUUCAGAGGAGCAGGCGGAAGCCAUCCUGCGUCUGGCCGUCGAUAGCGGCAUCAACCUGUUCGACCUUUCCGAAGCGCACUCAGGUACACGUGCGGAAAUAGAGCUGGGCAAAAUCAUUCAAAAGGCAGGAUGGAAACGGACCAGCUUCGUCAUAACAACCAAAAUUUAUUGGAGCACAAAAUCCGAAGAGCGCGGAUUAUCGAGAAAACACAUCAUUGAAAGUGUCCAAGCGAGCCUGCAAAGGUUGCAGCUGCCGUACAUCGACGUCAUACUGGUGCACAAGGCGGACUCGAUGUGUCCGAUGGAAGAAAUUGUGCGAGCAAUGAAUUACGUCAUAUCGCAAGGAUGGUCAAUGUAUUGGGGAACGGCGCGCUGGUCACCGGUUGAGAUCAUGGAGGCCUACACCAACUGCCGUCAGUUUAACUGCGUAACGCCUAUCGUAGAACAGUCGGAGUAUCACAUGUUCUGCCGGGAAAAGGCGGAACUCUACCUGCCGGAGAUGUACAACAAGAUCGGGGUCGGUUUUAUGGCUUGGGGUCCACUGUCCAUGUAUUUGGGUGAUGCCCAGAAUGGCGAGAAGCUCUGGAUACCGAAGGGAUCGUUGAAGAGCAAAAGCCAAAGCUACUCCUGGAUUGAGGACGAAGUAAACAAAGAAGUAAGUGAACGAUCCGCGACCAGACCGCACUGUAGCGUACAUAUCUGUGUUCUUUUCUUUCUAUUUCUCCUCCAUCUGGCGGUUAUGUUGCAUUUGCGCAAGGAUCUGCAGGACGAAGCACGCCGGCUGUACGACAAAGCGCGUGACAUUAGCAAUCUGGCGGAAAAGCUGGGCUGCAAUGCGGUACAGCUGUCCAUUGCGUGGUCGCUCAAGCAUGAACCGGUACAGUGUUUGCUGCUCGGUGCAACUUCACCCGAACAGCUGCACCAAAGCCUGCAAGCGCUACAGUUACUGCCACGGCUAUCGACCGGUGUGAUGCUGGAAAUAGAACGCAUCCUCGAAAACAAACCGGUGCGUCCACCGCCGAUAUCUACGCUUGCGCUUCGGUGACAAUCAGCCUGCCCCCCGGGGCCUCCUAGCGAAAGCGGAGUUCCGUGUGGGGCAGAAUCGCCUAAAGAGGAAGACAUUAGCAUGGGUGAGGAGCAGAAAGAAUCGCAAAAGAUUAGCUUCUGCGAAAUUCAGUGACAAAACGAGAAUUUAGUAACCAGUAACCAAUUUGUAAACGUCGUCACUAGUGUUACGGAACGUAGCUCAACACUAACGCUUCAAGACCGCUGCCAAACACCAGCAGCACAGCAGCAACAGCAACAGCAGCAGCAGCAUCAGCAAACGCAUCAACAGCGCCGGCUGUCCGGCUAUCCACAGCAGCCGCACCAGCCACAGCCUCAGCAGCAUCAGCAGUAUCAGCAGCGUCAGCAGUGCAAUAAUCAACAGCAGCGAAUGCAAAAGCAGCUUGUAAGGCACCCGAAGCUUUGGAAGCAGCGGAAUGACCGAAGCGUGCUGAAGCCGAGCCUGCUAAGCCUGGAGUCGCUGAGCGUUAGUUUGGAGAGUCUGUUUUUCGAGCAGAACGGUUUAGAUAGCAAAUUUAACAAUUCCUCCACGGCAACCGGUACGAUGCAGUCGACAAGCAGUACGGUUAGCACUACCAGCGAAGCUACUGGGCUGGCUGAGGACAAGCAGCAGGCACGCCAAUUAGUAGACUGCUUAAAGUCAAUUGACAACACGUUGAUGGGUGAGAAACGAAUUAGGUAUAAGAUUUCGUACAGCUUCAAAUCGCUGGACAGCAAUUGCAAAUCGUUGUUCAACAUUCUGCGCGGCAAAGGUAGCGCCAACGGGGUAGCACCUGCUAAACAGGCACCGUUGCCGGAAGAUUGUAAGCAGCCGACGCCAUCCUCCAACGCACUCGUGACUGCACGGCACGUACACCAGAAUGGGUUUCGAAUGCUGUUUAACCGUAAGCUGUUGAGUGAUCGCAGGGACAGUGUCCUCCUUACACCCUGCGUUGACGUGAUCGAGAAGUAGAAGUGGAUGCAAGGGUACACUGAGUCAUGAGGGUCUUCCACUGUUUAGCUCCCACAUGACUGGCUCAAUCUUCAAAGCAAUCGACGUUUGCAGAACGUUUCCUGAAAUUGGGGAAAAGCAACCAGGUGGCUGGUUAUGUAAAGCUACAGCAAAAAAAAACUGCGGCUUUCGGAGUUUGUUGUCUGCUAUUUCCACUCAUAAAUAGUAGCAGUCGAUGCGGUGGUUAUCAGACGCUUUGUUGACGUGGCACAGUGAGUUGGACGUCUUGGUGAUAAACAGCAAGACGUUCAAGAAAUGGGAACAAGGCGAAAUAUGCAAUUGCAACAAACACACAAAAGUUGUUAACGUCUAUACUUAUGAUGUUAAAAUUCUUAUAACUAUUAUUCACAGAUUCUUAUCGUUGUCUCGUAAGAUAAAAGCUCUUCGCUACGAAGCUUACAAUAAGAAGGUGCCGAUAAUGAGCCAGCGGGCAGUAGACCAUUUUGAGGGCAAUAUCUCGCAAGUAUAGUAAGCUUUCUGAUUAUGAAAAAAAAUACCCACACCCACACAAUCUUUCGCACAUGAAACACACAUUGAAACGCGGUGCGCCGAACGGAAACAAGGUCGAACCAGUAUAGCUAGUAGCAGUGGAAACGAAAUGCGUUAAUUUACUUCUAACCCUCGGGCGAAAGAAUAGCCUAUAAAACGAUAAUUCUAUUUCUAAGAAAGAGCCUAUACCAGUAGAAAGAAAAACUAACAACAAUGUUUCAGAAACUCACUCACUAUCUAUAUACUUAUACUCGUAUCGUUAUAAUAUGUUGCUUCCGGAUCUGCUACGAAAGGCUCGUGAUUGAUAAAACAUAUAAGCGGAAAACAAACAACUAAAACAACAACAAAAAAGAUUACCAUUAAUCAAACAGCCUGAAAUAGCCUUUACGUACACUGUUCAAAGGCAAACCGUAUAGCGGAACGCGAGUUAAAGCAAACUGAACGAGGAGAUAACUAUGAAAGAUAACAAUGCAAUAGCUGAACAUUGAACACACACGCUCUAUUACACAAAAACCAUUAACUCGCUCUUUGACUACCGCUCUCGAUUUUGCUACCAGCAUACUAAUGAAAGCAAUUUUAAAGGUACAGCAUAUCAUCAUUAGUUAGGUUUAGAGGUGAUAAAGGACAGCAAAUAAUUUAAUGUUUUGCAUUUAAUGCAUCAUUUCUUGUCAAAUCUCUAAACGUCUGAACGUUUACUCGAACCGGAACAGAUGGGUGGUUGCUUCACCACUUUUAUAUACACUUAGUUGAUGUGUAACGGGAUGGCUAUGUUUAAUUAUUUUCUAGAUAUGCUGAACUAUACACCAUGCAACACCUUGAGAUUAGAUAUGUAAAGCUAAAAUAGCGAUAUGAACGGGUGAAAAGCUUAAGCCAAGUCACUAAUCGAAACUUCAUUGCUCACCGGGUGCGAUCGAGCGUGAAUUCUGUUUAGCAAAAACUGCUGACUUUAGUAGGGAAAUUGUGCUCAUGUAAAUUUAAAUUAUAGAUUUCUAUUCCCUCAUUAACACCUUGGGAAUCUGGAAAAUAAUUAGUUUGGCGUGAGUAAGUAACUAAACUUACUUAAUUAGUUCCGACAGAGUGGCGGUGAUACAAGCUGAUGGAGACGUAAAAUCAAAUUUAGAUGACGUCGAAUCUGUUUUGCCAAUCGGAAUUAUUGAACAGCUACAGCAGCAACAACAUCAACAUCAGCCUAAAGUGAUUUUUACAAGUAUCAAGCAUAUGAGCCGCAGUAUCGAUUAGUUAGAUAGAUAUAAAGUAGAUUAAGGAAAUGGACGCGAUAUGAAAGUGCUAAUGCAUAUUUUAGGGAGAAUGCUACAAAUUACUUAGGACAUUCUAUUCUUUCACUUUUUUUCGAGCUCUCCAGUGGCUACAUGAACAUAACAUGAAAAGAAGAGUGAAAUGAGUAUGGAAUGACACCAUUACAUGGGGAACGGAUUACAAUAGCUUGGAUUGUUUCGAGGUCCGUAAGCUACCCCAAAAAUGCUUUAUUGACUAUAAUCGCGAUAAAAUGAAAUGAAACAUACGGCAAAAGCUAACGAUGCAUUGCGUGGUAUACUAUAACAGUCAACGGUGGUAGCAGCACAAUGGCCAAAAAAUAUAUUAGCAGCAAGCUUAACUCAUUUGUGAAGAAGAAAUCAAAACAAUGGAAAGCAUCCGUCAACAUUGCGACUAAUGAAAAUUUAACGAUUAUUCCAUCCUGCUCGAGCACUAUCCUAAGCUCGAUAACAAGUCCUUGUCGAAUGUGUUUAUUCAUUGUUUAUAACAAGGAAAAACUUCAUUAUUAAACUAACAGCCGAUAAAGCUGUGUAAAUUCAAGUAACGGCAAAUUGACCGUAUGCCAGUCGGAAAUGAGAAUUAUUUCAGUACAACAUAUGUAACAAAACACAAAACAAAAGCGAAUAAUAUAAAUAAGCAAGCACCCCCAAAACUAAAUCUCUAAUGGGGGUAGAGGUAAACAAAAACAAACCAACUAAAUUGAAGCUUGUCGCCUACAAACAGCAACGCCAGGCUGUUGAAAUGAACAGUAAACCAGAUGCUAAGCACACUCGUCUCACUCGUUCGAGAACUCGUACGGGAAGCUGGGCGUACGGGAUUGAUGCAGCAUGGUGCAGCACGUAAUGUCUGCGCAAGUUAAAUUUUUUGCAAUAUCAUUCUAAUAGCAAUGUAGUUCAACUAAGUUAAAAUGAAACUCUUUCCCGGAUAUGAAUCUGGACGAGAGCAUUAGGAAAAACAAAACUCGAGAAUAAUACAAAUAUAUAUAUAUAUAUAUAUAUUUAAUGAAUAGUAUAUACAUCUUAUAACAACAACAAAAGAAAAGUUAAAGCAAACAAACAAUAAUUUUACUAUCUUCAGCUCUGCCAAAAGUGCAUCUUUUAGAAUAAUUAUAAAUCAAAAUAAACCAGUGGGACAUGGGGAAAUCGACACGAGGAUGUGAAUCUGCACGGGGCUUCUCUUUCAUGCUCUACCAAUUCGUCGUAUUUAAUGGAGUACGUAUCGAUGGAAUUAUAUGUUUAGGGGCAUGUGGUUAGCAAUGUGAAUGUGCAGGAACACAAACACAGUGAUCCAUCCUGAUAUUUAUGUAUAGUAGCAAACAAGAGUAACGACAUAAAAGAACAACAAUAACAGAACGAUAAAAGUCCAGCUCUCUUAUGAAGUGUUUCUACUACUUUAGGUAUAUUCAUUUUGAAAAGGAAUAAAAAAACGAACAAACAAAGAAAACAGCACAUUUGUUCAUCAAAUAAAGAUAGCGCAGUCAACACGAAAACACUAAACACAAGUAGAUACGAUUUAAAGCAAAACACGCUAAACCAGUUGGCAGUCAUAUAGUGUAGAAGCGUACAGCGUUGUACUGCUAUUGUAUGUGAAUGUAGUGGGAGGAAUGUGAAAACAAACCUCAAUCGAAUGCGAAUGGCACGUGAUGUAAUGAUGUAAACGCAAUGCAUAAGCAAAACCCAACCAACAUACACACAUAUUAGCGGUAGUAGCAAUAAGUAAAACAAAACAAAAAUAAAACAAAAAAGAAACAAAACUAACGACACCAAUCGUAGCAAUUCGAAGUGUUCGAACAAAGUUAAGAUGAAAUUCGGUAGUACGAUAAUGAAACUAAACGCAAGGAGUGAAUUAAAAAAAAAACAAACAAACAAAACAAAACACUUACAUAGCGAACAAGCUUAACGAGCGUGUUGUUUUCUAUUUUACAAGCCUUUUUCACUUAGCACGUGCCGGACACAUGGGCUGUUACUGAGCAACAGACAUGCUAUACUCUUACUACUACGGUUCUGUUAAACCAAGACAAAACCCGUUGUUACGGACGGAGACGCUAAAUAGCUAGCUUUCUCUAGAUAGCAUAUUUUAUCGGUUUUUGCUUUGAGCACUACCUUUACUCUACGAGCCUGUCGAUAGUAGUAUUUUUUUUUUAAAACACGUUAUACCUACAUAUAUUUAAACAUUAAAUGAUUCAAUAUUUUCUCACAGCCAGGCCAGCCGACCGGCUGUAGUUCAUAGAUGGUAGCGGCAUGAUUCUAUACAAAUAUAAUAACGUGCAUAAAACGAACGGGCGUGCAUGCCUUUGAAUGUAGAAAGAUGCUGCCACAUGUAUGGCCACAUGUAUGGCUCAUAAAGAGAGAGAGAUAGAGAGAGAGAGAGAGAGAGAGAUAGAGAAAAAAGGAAGUGCAAGGAGGAGACGAUUGCAGCCAGGAUGGACACGUUACUAGAUAACACAAAGAAAUUGCAACUACCAGCAUCCAUACUAUUUAAAUGCAAUCGCUGAAGAGUAAAACUGCAACUAAAUGAACAGCUAGUUACAUACCUUUUCAAAUUUUUCUUCUGACGCGUAAUGAUGGGAUUUAAAUUUAAUGCAGAACAUGCGUACUAAUAAAACAACACUUAACAAUUGUGAUAAAACAACAAAACCGAACACUACAAACAUGCUUGUACAUCGUAAUAUAACGUUUACUUAUUAUGCACACUAAAACGGAAUAGAAACAAAGAAAACGAGAAGAAAACACAUACAUAAAGGAAGAGAGAGAGAGCGAGCGAUGGAGAGGGAGAAAAGAGAGAGAGAGGGAGAGAGAGGGAGAGAGAAUAAGAGAUAUUGAAGAAAUUCACAUAGCAGAAAGUUUUCAACAACAAAAAAUCAACGAAUAAAGCAAACUGUUUGCAAAACACCUACUUCGGGAUUUUAUCAAUGUCCCAGCUAUUUUUUGGAUAGCGAUCCAUUUUACAACUACAAAAAACACUGCUGUUUGGUGCGUCGGUCCAGCAGACACAGUUUCAAACAAUUUUGGAAUUUUCCUUAUAAAAGAUUCCAUUCCUGACCAAAGUGUAACAAAAGUUUGAAUAGUGGAACACCAUCUGCCACGUAAAUUUGACGAUAACAUGAAAUCAACCAUCCCUGUUAGUGUGUUGUGUUGUGUUGUGUGUGUAUGGAUUUCCGAGCAGUUCGCAUCACAAACACACGAAAUGUUUUAUUUGUUUUUUUUCUUCUACCCAUUCGUUAAGUUUUUUAAAGAGUUCAAUUCGAUCUGAUUAGAAAACCACAGCCAUUAAGCUAUUGUAGGAGCACGCGGAACCGCAUCGCAAGAACACAUAGAUAGAGCGAAAAUGGGCAAAGAUGCCCUAGAUUAAGUUCGACACAGUAGUCACGAGAGCAAUGAGAAUCCUCUUGAUUGUAUCCAGAGUCAAGCUAGGAUAUUUAUCCACAAAAAUAAACAAACAAACAAACAAAACAAACAAUGGUGUAUAUGUAUACAAGCAUAUAUGCGCUUGCAGAUAAAAAAUCCAGAUAUAGGAAGUUUCUUCUUGAAUCCGAGUUUUCUCAGUUGAACGAAACCGUUUUAGAAUAAAAAUUAUGACAUCCUAUUACUGCUUUAAACUUGUUGAAAAUAAUAAAAACCCCACUUAAGAGAUAAAACAGGCUUACGUAAUAAUGCUUGCGUGUUGAUACUCAGUUUUGGUUUUUGUUUCCAUACCUUACUUUUACACUCCAUGAACUCGACAAAUUAAAUUGAUUUUGAUGCUUACCAUAAUCUUAAAAUUCAAUAUGAUCCAGUAUUGAUUCUCUAUUACAGCGGUCGGUAAAUUUUUGAGGUAAAGGGCCAAAUUUAUUAAAUCGCCAAUAGUUGCGGGCCAGGAAAAUACAUAUUUUUUGCACCGAAAUUAUUACAUUGCACAAUUUUAUAAACAAAAUAAUCGAUGUUUUGAAAAUUCAAAACAACAAAGCAAGAGCAAAUAUCGCUUUUUGAUGAAACACUCCUCCCAUGGUGCAAUAAUUUGGGGAAUAUUCUAAGAAUGAUACAAAAGUCUUUACGACUGAACAAUUAUUGAGGCUAACGUACAUUCAGUAACUGCUUUACGAACAAGUAAUACCAUUUCAGACAAAUUGAUAACUGAUUACUUAAAAAAACAAGCUCUUAAAAAUUAUAAAAUAGCUCUAUUAAAAUAAGCUCUUUGAAAAUCGUUGUACUCUUAACAAGCAACAGAGCGUAAACUUGGUGCUCGUAAAUAGGUUCUACCUAUCUUUCAAAAUCAGACAAAUCUUUUCACAGGCCGGAUUUAAUGUUGUAGCGGGCCGGACUUUGCCUACCGCUGCUCUAUUAGCAUGCUGUACCAUCCUCUCAAAUGUACGAGCUUUGAAUUCACUCAGUAAGGGCUUUGAAUGUGGACGCCUAGAAGGUUAAAGGGGUGUUCAGGGGUUCGCAUAAUUUUGAGACACUUUCUUCACUGUUUCUCAUGAAGAGAUAACUUUAAGUGACGGGAACUAAACUCUACGGCACCAUUUUUGGCUAGGUUCAUCUGGAAUUUAAUAGGAAUAAGCGUGUCCAAUAAGUGUGCCAUAGAGUCGCCCGAUCAACUCGCCCGAUAUGCCCGUUGUGGGUUCAAGGUUCAUACGGACCGUCCUCCCGUAGAUUAAAAGGUUAACUUGCAUGGUACUAAUAAGUUUCGAAAGCCUGUGUAGGUCAGCAUGACCGCGUAGGUUGUUACGCCAAAUAGAAGAUGUGUACCAUCAGUAGACAUAGCAGAACAACACUACACCUACCUAUUGAGAACGAUUGGCAAGCAUUUUCCAAAAAUACCCAGUCUUCAACACUGGGUUAACGCCAUUAUUAAAAACAUCCGAAAAUAUCAAAUAUUUGACAGAGUCUAACCAAGCGGAUUCGCGCCAUUCGUAAGCGACCCGGAGACGUUUCAUUACGGGUCGACUCGUAAGAUGCUAGUAGGUUCAGUAGGUGCAGGUCGUUGCGGUCACUCUUCGGCUAUGUUCUUGCAAAAAAUCACACCGAUAUCGUUUGAAAUCUUGGAUCACCAUACAUAUAUGAGAUAAAAGGGAUGAAAUUCAUACAGUCCACCAGUGGCGGAUUUACACUGCAGGAAGCCCUAAGCAGUAAGAAUUGUUGAGGUCCUCUGUAUAUGAUUACCGGGUGGUACCCGUUAUCCGUCUUGGAAAAUGUAACAUUUGAACUUAAAUUUUGUUACUGCCAAGGGGGAGGAGUGCUCUGGGUUCGACUAGCACAGGGCCCCAACGUCCAUCGCCCACGAGGCCCUCCUUGCUGAUACUUACAUACUUAUCCGCUUAUACGGUUGUAGCGCUACCGCUUUGCGGUCCUGGCUGCCUCAAGAGUGUCCGAAACCACUCGCGGUAUCUCGUCUGCGGCCUUCGUCUGCCAGUCCGUUAUACAGUGGCAUAUUCGUCCGCCUUGCUAAUACAGUGGCAUAUUCUAUCAACUAUUAUAGAUGCUGGACUAAAGAUCCGCGGGCCCCUCAUCGACGGCAAUUGCUUACUUUGCUUACCGUUAAAAUUGCCACUGCAGUCCACUGAAAGUCGGACAGUCUUCAUUUCAAAGCAAAAUGACCAUGUAGCUUGCCAAUAUUGGCUAAUUCGGUGCUAAAAUCAUUUUGUAUCAGUUAGUAUAAGCCCAUCAACUAUUUUGAGAGGUCAUCAUCGUAUUACAUAACCUAGGCCAAGCGCUCUGUUAAAUAUUAAAAUAAAUAUUAACGGUCAAUUCGAUGGUACAGUGGUGCUUUCCGUCAAUCCCGAUAGAGGACACUAUCGAAGUGGAGUCGUGCUGAUAACGAUCGGGUCGAGCAAUCCCGAUAACACGAAAAUUCCCGAACGUGGCAAAGGUUACGAUCUUUAGCCAUUCUUUCACCGAUCCCCGAACCAAGCGACUGAUUUUUUAGCUACAAUAAACUAACUACGUUGCUUAAAAAACGCUUGUGUAUUUCAUAUUUAUUGUACAUUCGGGUGAACGAAAGAAUUCUGUUGAUAACGUUUCAACAUUCUAAAAAAUCAUUCGCUUUCGAUUAAUUAAUUUUCUCCACAUUGUGAUCCCUUGCUUCACCCGUUGCCGGCUAAUAAUGAUUCCUGAGGCAAAUCGGAAUCACCGUGCUGAAGUGAAUACAAGACAAAUUACUGUGCGAGGAAAUAGGUUAUAAGGAUUACGCGCGUGUUUAAGAAAAGGACUACGGAUUAAGUUAAGUUAAUUGUGUUGUUUCCUUGCGCAUCUCACCCGUUGCCAGCGAUAUAAAGUUCCUGAGGAAAUUCGGAACAUAGUUGUGCUGAAGUGAACUUGCAACAGGAUAAGUGAACCAUACAGAGGACUAAUUCGUAGUGCUUCAAUAGUUUAUGUGAAAUUAUUACGUUUCGCCAAAUGGAUAUGAAAUAUGUUGUUUCAAUAUGUGUUGUGUUGUUAAAGUUGCUUUGGAUAAUCAUUGCAAAUGAUUUAGGGAGAAGUGAAUCGCCAUUUCUAUCGGGGGAACAAAAAGGUCAUGCAGUGCACAUCAACCAGGCAGGGGAUGGCAACCUAUUAGUGCGCAAGAAAAUAUUCAGGCGUAAAAGAGCUAGAAGAAAAAUAGCAAAGGAUAGUUCAGGCAUUUACCCCAAAAUGCCAAAAGUAUGUGCGGUCGUGAACAAAACACCCAACUGCCACCAUCGAAUUGUACCAAUAAGAGUGUUUGCCUGGCUCGCAAACACUGGGGCCAGUGUUAAAUAUUAAAAUAAAUAUUAACGGUCAAUUCGAUGGUACAGUGGUGCUUUCCGUCAAUCCCGAUAGAGGACACUAUCGAAGUGGAGUCGUGCUGAUAACGAUCGGGUCGAGCAAUCCCGAUAACACGAAAAUUCCCGAAC